AGUUUGUUGCAGCCGUUCGUGGACGACGACCACCCGCUUCAGAGCCUUUUCCCGCCUCGCGUCUGGGCAAUCCGAAUCCCGGUCAUCCUCACUCUUCUUGGGUCGGCGGUUGUAGGGACGUUCCUCGCCAUGGUGAUGAUCAGAAGCAAUAGAAAGAAGGCGGCAAAGGCUAGAGCCGCUGCG